UUAAUAGGCGCGGCCAUGUUUGUCUGUAGUGAAUAAAAUCGAGUUAAUUCGCUUUUAGGGAAAUAAAAUUAACACAAUAUGCCCAAAUGCGACCUAAAAACGAGAUACAUCCCCGCGACAUUCGCCUGGACAUUACUUUUGGGCACCACGUCUCUGUUUUUUUAUUUUCCCUGCCAGUAUUACCUAUACAAACACCCAUGGGUUCCUGCAUACCAAGGUGUCAUAACAUUUUUUGUUUUGGCCAAUUUUACACUGGCCACUUUCAUGGACCCGGGAGUGAUACCAAAAGCUCCACCUGACGAGGAUCGCGAGGACGAUUUUCGAGCGCCGCUGUACCGUAGCGUGGAGAUCAACGGCAUAACCGUGCGCAUGAAAUGGUGCGUCACGUGCAAGUUCUACCGCCCGCCGCGCUGCAGCCACUGUUCCGUGUGCAACCAUUGUAUAGAGACGUUUGAUCACCACUGUCCAUGGGUGAACAAUUGCAUCGGGCGGCGGAACUACCGGUUCUUCUUCUUCUUCCUCAUAUCGCUGUCCAUCCACAUGCUGAGCAUAUUCGGCCUCAGCCUCUACUACAUCAUGAACAACAACAAGACGCUCACGCAGGUUGAGCCUAUUGUGUCAAUGGUGAUAAUGGGUAUAAUCGCACUCCUAGCGAUACCGAUUUUCGGUUUGACGGGCUUCCACAUGGUGUUAGUGUCGCGGGGGCGCACCACCAACGAGCAGGUGACGGGCAAGUUCACCGGCGGAUACAACCCCUUCUCCAAGGGCUGCUGGUCCAACUGCUGCUACACGCAAUUCGGCCCGCAGUAUCCCAGCCUGGUCCGACCGUCCAAGUACAUAUACAAGGGCGGCAAGAAGCGGCGCGACGGCGGCGCGGGCGGCGCGGCGAUAUCCACGAUCGCGGCCGACCACCACGCGCAGGUAAAGACGUACACCGCGGACAACGGCACCGCGCACCGCCCGCUCGGCGCGCACGCGCACUACAACAAGCUAUCCCCCGGCCGGGAAGAACAUGAAGGUGAGCUGGAAGGGCCUGGUGCAUCUCAGUCCGCGGACUGUGAACCUACGCCGCCGCCCCUGCAGCGCCGGGGGUCCUCCGCAAACCUCUUCCCCCCGGCUGAGCCGCACCAUCACCUGCCACCAAGACCGCACCAUUAUCCGAGGCUCAGUCCGCUUUCUAGAAACACUAGUCAUGGCGGCACAACUACCUCAGGGUACCGGGUAGUGAUGGAGCCACUACGGUACGAGACAGGGUCAAAUGGGGGAGCGCGGCCCUCCCCCACGAUGCAGCAACGCAUCAAAGCUCUUGGUGUGCCCACGCCUUUAGCUGUUACUAGUCCUGUGCGGAGGUCCAACCCCGGCACGCCGACGCAGCCGCGCCGCCCCGACUUCAUCGGCGUGCGCGCGUCGCCGCAGCGCCGCUUCCUGUCCGAGGGCGAGCUGCUGCGCGACGCGGCCGCGCCGCACGACGUGCGCGAGCUGGCCGCGUCGCCGCAGCGUGGCACCUACCUGUGGGCGGAGCGGCCCGCGCCCGCCGCGCCGGCCGCGCCCGCGCCCUCGCCGCACGCGCGCCGUCGCGCGCCGCCGCCCGCGCCGCGCCCCGCGCGCCCGCUGUCCUUCGUGCGCGCGCUCGAGGUGCAGGACCAGCUGGAGCGCGCGCCGCCGCCCGCGCCACCCGACCGCGCCUCGGUCUACGACUGCAACUACGAGAUCUCCGUGUGAGCCCGGCCGGGGCCCGAAGCCCGCCCGACCCGCAUUUUGACUCCCUAUUUUCGUGAUAGGCCAGUUUAAACCCGACCGAGGCCCGCAGCGGCCGGUCAUUCCAAAGAUUGUUCUCUUCCUACGCGAGUCACGCACAACGGAGCGACGCCGCGCCGAGUGACUGCCCCUAUGAGUGUUUACGAUUAUUUAACAUACGUAACGUGUGAUUAGUGUUUUAUAUUUAUGUAUAUUUGGUGAGCGAUUCGUAACUUCAAAUAACUCAUUCGCACCCGGGUUCGCUGUUUAUAUAGUCCCCUCGGUGUUGUGUUCGGUGGUGUGUGCUUGCGAACGUGAGGUUGUCGUGGCACGGAUCGAAGAUUGGAAAUCGUAGUUUUUUUAAAGCACCUUAUCAGAGACAGAAAUCGACUGAGUCGCAAAGUUUGCCUCGUCUGCUUUAAGUGAUUCGACUGUGCAGCGAAAUUAUGAAAAAUAAUAAAUCGAUUGUUUGCUCGCUUCUUCCUCUUGACGCAUUGAACAUAAGUAGCGAGCGAAAAAUUAACUUUGAUGAAAAAUUUGUGCCAAAUAUUCUGUAGAAUAUUAUGUAGGGCAGAUUUUAGUCUUUUCCUUAAAUUAUUUAAUGAAACAUAAAAUCCACACGUUGACGCGUUCAAACCGACCGCAUUUAAAUGACAAAGAUGGCAGUACAUAAAAUAGUCUUGUAAUUUAUAGGGCUGUAUAUUUUGUUAUAAUAAUAUUGUAUAAAUACAAACUUCUUGCAAUUGCUUUAAAUAUUCAUACAAUAAAUCGUAAGCAUAUAAAAAUAAAAAAAACUUAUUGACAUCAUUAGCUCCAAUUGCUGGGUCUAGAAACUUGAGUUUUUUGUUGGUUUUUUUUCUAUAAUGUAGAUCCCCCCACUAAGAACAUUUUAUUAGAAAUUGGCCCUGAGCGAAGUCAAGGCGUGUCACCUAGCAAUCUAUAUGUACAAGAAUGUAUUUUCGAAUAUGUAUAAACAAAUAGAAUACUGCCUCACAAUUUUCAAAAAACAGUUUCUUCUGACCGUAAAAAUAUUUAUUAAGUGCAGAAAUAAUUUUAUUUCCUUACAACAUAGUCAUGAAGCAAAUAAUAAUUGAAGAUCUUUUACUCUACUCCCAUUUCUUUUAGAAUCUCUAAUUUUUUUCGCAUGUCUUCAUUUACUUUCAUUCAUGUGACUAAAUGUUGACAAAGAAUCGGAUUACUGACUAAAUAUAAUCGAUAAAGUAAUGAUGUAGCUAGGAAAUGUGUAAAAAAAUGUAGUUUUUGUAAGAAAUACGUAUUUAGCCCAGAGUGAGCAAUAUAGGUUGUUGUUAAAGGGUCAUUAUAAAAUAGAGAAGCAAAAUAUUAAAAACAUGAUGAAUCAAAAAAAAUGUAUUCAAAACUACACUAAAUUUAAGUGCAGUGCUCUCUUCGAUUCUAUUUCGAAAAGACAAAAGGUUUGAUUUGGCCUUCGCCAGGUAUUCAUUUAUCUACAGCAAAACAUUUACUAAAUUGACAAAACUAAAUUAAGAUUAAUUCUUCAACCCAUUGGCCUACUUGCACCUUAAACUGAUUUGGUAAAUUUUUUAAUGCUGCUACUUAUUGACAACCGUAUUAUACUGUUACUUAUUGGCAAAAAACAGUAAUGCUUUUGCCAAAAAGUGACAGCAUUACAAAAUUAAAAAAAAAAGAAUAUUAGCCAUGCUAAUCAUAACUAGUACUCCCCUUCCCCUCCAAUUAAGCGUAAAGCUUGUGCCAGGAGGGGAUACGACAAUAGUGCAACGGGUGGGGUUUGAACCGCUGACUUUUCGGAAUUCAGUCCGCUCCUCAACCGUUGAACUAUCGAGGCUUCAAUUUAACUAAAUGUUCAGGUUGAUUCCGGAAAACUUGCAUUGAAAUCGCAAUUGUCAUGGUUGACUGAAUUUAUAGUAUUCUUUUUACAACAAUAUGUCAACCAAUCAGACAGAGGUGAUUGCGAUCGACACACUGUACUGUCAAACCACCGCACUAGGGUCCUAGUUUAACUGCCCUUGUGCAAGUGGGCCUUGAAUAUAAAAUGUAUAAAAAAUGGGGCACUAUACUUAGUUUAGUUUGGGAACGUCAGAAUCGACGUCAUAUUUUUAUUGAUUUGAAUAUAUGACCCAAGAUCUCAUCUCUUUCCGAAUUUUUACAGCCCAUUAAGAUAUGUACUUAGAGAUUUUGUCAUGGGAUUAAAAAAUAUCAGAGAUUCCCGAUUAUUAUUAAAAGCAAAACGUUUCCAAUGAAAGAACGAAUUGGGCAAUUUAAAACUUAAAUAAAUUAAUGAUUAAGACUGGCAACAGAAGAUUGUUUUUUGUACUGUAUUGCCAUUUACAACACGUUUACGACUCACUUAGUAUUAAAAAAUUUAUUAAAAUAUAACAUUGUGGUAAAUUGUGUGAGUUGCAUUGAAUUAAAAAUUCGCAUUUUCCUGAAUGGUUAAGUAUAAUAAUAAUUAUUAUUAUAAUUUGUGUAUAUAGGAUAUUUAUUGUGUUUGUCAUACCAAUAAAAUGUACCAAGUCAUUAGACGGAUAAAUAAUUUUAUUGAAUUAUUUUACCAUAACAUAGCACCCUCCGAACUGAAGUGACCUAAUCCAAAAUUGACACUUUGCAAACCGACUAGUUGAAAUGUCACUGUGGCUGAACAUAGGGCAAUUUUUUGAAAAUUAUAUUCAUUGGUAGCUUUUUGUAUACUUUUGGCAACUUUCUAGAGAAGUUUCUGUGAUUCGACGUGUAUUUAUUUGAGGUGAUAUAUCUAUACGGACGGGAUAUUGUUUAAAGCCCAGAAGUUUUAGUUAAAUAUGUGCAUAUCUUUAUUAACUGGAUACUGGUGAAGAAAAACAUCACGGGCCAACAGCGGAAGUUGUGAUUGUCUCAUUGCGAAAGAAUGAUAACCGCAAAUCUCUUAUGUUCUAUUUCUUAUAAUAUUUUGAGUUAUGUCACUUUCGUUCUGGAGAUGUGACACCAUGUGGUUGACAUAUUGUUAAUUUUUUUUAAGUAAACUAUAGGUGUAAUAGUCUGUUGUAAAUAUAUUAUAUUUAUAUCGUUAAAUGUUAGGGUUUUGUACAAUAUAGAUAUAUUAAUGUUUUCUAGAUUUAGUAUGGAACACAAAAUAUAACUCUUCGUAUAUAUUAUAUGAUAUAUUUCAUCUAUAAAUGUACAGCUAAAUGGUAAUAUUUCUGUAUACCUAGGGAGGAUAAGUUUGUAAAUAGUUCGUAUAUAAACAUUAAAUAUAUAAGAUUUACUAUGUAUAGUUACUGUUAUUAGAUGUUACUAUUAUGUAUCUUUAAUUCUGUUUACUUUGUAUUUAUUUACGGUGCCAGUAACUAGUAUCGUUUUUAUUUCCUCUUAUUGACAUAUCAGUAGUUCUUUUCUUUCUUUUUUUCCAAAUUAUGGAUGAGCGGGUACACGUUAUUUCCUAGGUUAAUUCCCGUAGUAAAUUGUGUUCAGAAGUUGGAAUAAAAAUUAAAAAAGUGUUCGAUUAUAAUUUAAGAAUAGAGUAAAUUAAAAAUUUGCGGGUAGUUUACUUUUUGCUCGCAGCAGUAUUAUUUUGGUCUAAAUUCUGUAAAUACUUUGGACGAGUCACAAUUAUUGUAUUCAAUGAAAUUUUUUUUUAUUAUUAUUGAUGAAGUUUCAGUAAAUUGGUGUACCUGCCGACUACCAUCAUGUUAAUUCAAUGUUAGGGUGUGUACUUCAUAGUGAAAAAGUUUUAUUUCUGCCUUUUUUAUACGAAACAAUUAUGUUCAAAAUUUACAUCUCUGCACUUGCAAUAUUUGCUUGAACUUUGAUGUCAACUAAAAUUACCAAUUUUCAAUACCCGACAAGAAAUAUUGCACAUCGAACUUUAGAAAGAGACAAUGGUUUUGUGGAGCGUUGCCUCUGUCGUUGAGACCGAUGUAACGUCACAUAGGUAUGAGUGACAGAGACGACGUUCUACGAAGCAGAAAUCUCUUUCUAAAGUACGAUGUGCAAUAUUUCCUGCCAGGCACUGUCGGUCGAAUUUGAUAUACAUAAUUGUUUCGUAAUAAUGUUCUAUAAGAAAAUAUCUUUUAUUUCCACAUUCCGUUUCUCAAGACUUCUAGUAUCGAUAUAAAAACGCCACUGCGUACUUAAUUUUAUACGCAUUUGUUUUUGGAGUAAUUGACCAAAAUAAUUGUAUUAAUUUUAUGUCAAAAUAACUUACAAUGGGUGUGUACUAACCAGGAGCAUUUCACAAAGGAACUCGGUUUUUAAACAUUACCUUACAAUGGCGCUGUGCCUAACUAUACCGAAGGAACAAUUCACUUUUGAUGAGCAAUGUUCGGAGUUGUGUCACUAUUCAAUAUAAAAGUGCGCGAUUUGAUGCUCAGCUUGAAGUACUCUCAGAUAUAACGUGUAACGCUCGAAACUCUGACAUUACAGACAAAUGCUCCUGGUCAGUAGGCGCCUAGUGUAUUUACACUAUCAGACAUGUUGCCAUUACUCAAAAUUAAAAUAUCUAGACCAGAAGUUGACAUCAUCAUUGACUUUGAGAAUUUACAUAAUCUUAGUUUAUUGUGCUUUUUACUUCCUUGAUAUUAGGACUAUAAUAUUAUAUUCAUGUUUUUUUAUCAUAAACUCGACUCUUGAUAUGGCUUAGAAACUGGUUAAAGUCGUGGGCGGUUUAAGGCUUAGGCUGUUUAGUAGAUCAAUAAUCUAAUUUUUAUGCUGAAUGCCUUGCUUUUAGAAAAUCCAAAAUACUGCAAUGCAAAACCAUGAUGAUAUCGGUUCUUGUAAAGUUGAUGUCAGGUAAAAAUAAGGUAAAAAUGUUUGAGCAGUGGGUGAUUAAUCAAUAUGUAAAGCGAGGUGUGAUUGCUGAGUUGUCUGUGCUGCCGCGCUAUUGGUUCAUCAGUCAACAUUUCGUUUCCCACGCUGUAGGAAAGCCCGACGCUAACUGUGCAUUAAACGCUACUAUAACAUCAUAAAAAAGAAUUACUUGAUCGUUUUAAUCCGGUUCGAAGGACCAAUAUCGUGAAUUAUGUGUAAGCUGCUAAAACGAGACUUUUUUUCUUAGAACUGGGCGCGACUUUAAUCGCUAGCUAUUCCCGAUUAAAAGCAAAACAUAUACUGAUUGAUGUAUACAAACUAUUUGGUCAACUUUUGAAAAAGUUAAGUAUUUUAAGUAUGGCUUCAUGUUGAUUUUUGUACAGUCAGCAUCAGGUGAAUGUGAGCUGCUAAGAUACCUGCUUAAAUGCCUACCAUAUACUUAGGUUUAAUUAAUGUAUAAUAGAUAGUUUCAAAAACAAAGAGUGAUUGUUGAAAAAAAGUUUUUGAAAUACAUAAUAACACUUUCCAUCUAUAGAAAGAUCGUUCUACAAAGUCGUUUAGAUAAAUGACCUCUGAAGGACGCAAUUAAGUGUAAUUCAGCUUGAACAGGGCUGCAGCCUAAAAUUUAAUAAAGACGUCUUUUUCUGUCCUCUAGCUCCACAAGAGAUAACAAGUGCCGUCGAAAGACAGGUCAUGUGACCUAGUCUCGUUUUAUGUAUUAAAAUGCUUUGGCAGCUCAUGUAUUUCGUGCUGACUGUACAAUUACAUGUUCCCUUCUUCAUUGUAAAAUAAGUUUUUACUUAAGAGUUACGAAUGGUAGUUUAGUGUUUUGACAUUAUAGCUCAAAGUGUGUCUGGAGGAACAUCAGCUGCGAUAAAGACUAACAUGUAUAAUAGAACCUCCUCAGAAUCGUUAUGACCUACAUGUAUGUGACAGUGUUUUAUUUUUGUAUUUUGAUAAAAUUUGUGUAAAUAAUUUUCUUAUUUUAUUGAUAUUAAACUCAAUUAAUCAAGCAGCGUUUGAUUUU